CUCUCCCGGAGCUGCCUCGUCCCGGGGUCAGAUCCUGGCCGCACCCUCGCCACGUCGGAGAAACGAGGAGAAGAUGAAAUAAUAAAGGCAGCAGGUAUGAGGCAGAGCCCGAGGGAACUAUGGCCACGUCAGGUGACUGCCCCGGGAGUGAGCCUCAGGAAGAGGAACCUGUGCAGCCCAGCGAGGCGGAGCUCCUCCAGGAGGGAGUACAGCCAGAGGAAUUUGUGGCCAUCGCUGACUACACCGCCACUGAUGAGAACCAGCUCAGCUUUUUGAGAGGAGAGAAGAUUCUCAUCCUGAGACAAACGACUGCAGAGUGGUGGUGGGGCGAGCGAGCAGGCUGUUGCGGGUACAUUCCCGCCAAUCAUGUGGGCCGGCCCAUGGAGGAGUACGACCCCGAGGACACGUGGCAGGAUGAGGAGUACUUUGGCAGCUACGGGACCCUGAAACUUCACCUGGAGAUGUUGGCAGACCAGCCUCGGACGACCAAAUACCACAGCGUCAUCCUGCAGAAUAAGGAGGCCUUGGAGGGCAAAGUCAUCCUGGAUGUCGGCUGUGGCACUGGGAUCAUCAGCCUCUUCUGUGCCAACUACGCACGGCCCAAGGCAGUGUACGCAGUGGAGGCCAGCGAGAUGGCGCAGCACACGGGCCAGCUGGUCCUGCAGAAUGGCUUCGCAGACACCAUCACCGUGUUCCAGCAGAAGGUGGAGGAGGUGGUGCUGCCCGAGAAGGUGGACGUGCUUGUGUCCGAGUGGAUGGGGACCUGCCUGCUGUUUGAGUUCAUGAUCGAGUCCAUCCUGUUUGCCCGAGACACCUGGCUGAAGGAGGAUGGGGUCAUGUGGCCAAGCUCGGCCGCACUGCACCUGGUACCCUGCAGCGCCGACAAGGACUAUCACAGCAAGGUGCUCUUCUGGGACAAUGCCUACGAGUUCAACCUCAGUGCUCUCAAAUCUUUAGCAAUUAAGGAGUUUUUUUCGAAGCCCAAGUAUAAUCACAUUUUGAAACCGGAAGACUGUCUGUCUGAACCAUGCACCAUAUUACAGCUGGACAUGAGAACUGUGCAGAUCUCCGAUCUAGAGACCAUGCGGGGCGAGCUGCACUUCGACAUCCAGAGGGCGGGCACCCUGCACGGCUUCACCGCCUGGUUCAGCGUGCACUUCCAGAGCCUGCAGGAUGGCCAGCCGCCACAGGUGCUCAGCACUGGACCGCUGCACCCCACAACACACUGGAAGCAGACGCUGUUCAUGAUGGAUGACCCAGUCCCUGUCCACACAGGAGAUGUGGUCACAGGCUCAGGUGUUGCAGAGAAACCCAGUGUGGAGAAGGCACAUGUCAGUCUCUCUGAGCUGGGUGGUCACCUCUGGACAAGACCCCACAUCUCAAAAAGUUGGAGAGAAAGUGUUUCCAAUCUGGAGAUGACAGCAGUGUUCUUCUGGGAAGCAGGGUGCGUGUCUUGAGGGAUGAACACACACGAAUCAAGACGCACCUGGCUGCUGCCCAUGCUCCUGUGCAGUCCGUGGAUGUGUGCCCCGCCUGACCCCUUCCCGCCCGGCAGGUGACGUCAGGGCCCUUCAGAAACAUGGCUGGGCCCUGCGCCACUCACUGCCCAGUGGCUGCCCUGUAGAAUAGGUUGUUCCAGGUGUUCCCCACGGGUGCCUACAGUGCCACUCCAUGGGUAGGUCGUGGCUCAGUGUUCCCCAGCUCGGUCUAGUUCUGAACUCCUAGGACGUACACGCAUCAGCUUGUGUAUCCCAGUGCCAGUGGCGUUUACACAUCAUGUGUUAGUGUUAUCCUUGCUGCCGUCGGCCCAGCCACUCCACUUGUGGGAUGUGGGAUUGCAUGGAGCUGUGUGGGUGGUGUGCUCAGCGUUGGUGCUGCAGGUGGGGAUGCAUGCGUUGGGCCUCUGCAUGGGAUGGUACAGUGUGUAGAUGUCUUCCAGAUAAAUUAUGUGUUGGCACAUAGUACAUGCUCAAUAAAUAUUUUUAAUGAACUAAUAUUGUGUAUCCUAUACC